AUGCUUGAAGAUCUACCUUUGAGGAUAGGGAAUAUUGAAAUCCCCAUUGACUUCAUUGUGCUUGAAAUGGAUGAAGAACCAACAGACCCUUUGAUACUAGGGAGACCUUUCUUAGCUACAGCAAGAGCAAUGCUAGAUGUCUGUGAAGGUACAAUAGAACUGAACCUUGGAAAAGACCUAAAGAUGAAGUUUGACAUCAAGGAUACAAUGAGGAAGCCAACAAUAGAAGGUCAACUCUUUUACAUUGAAGAAAUGGAUCAGUUGGCGGAUGAACUUUUGGAGGAAGUGUCUUUGGAAGACCACUUGCAUGUUGCUCUCACCAAGGAUCAAUCUGAAGGGUAUCUGCAUUCAGAAACUGAGGAGUAUUCUAGGCUCCUUGACACUUUCAGACCGAGAAAGUACAGGAAAGUCAUUGGCUACACUCUUGAUGAUAUCAAGCGAAUCUCUCCUGAUUUAUGCAUUCAUAGGAUUCAUUUAGAGGAUGAAAGUAAGUCUAGCAUUGAACCUCAAAGGAGAUUGAACCCAAAUCUAAAGGAAGUAGUGAAGAAAGAGAUACUUAAGUUGCUUGAUGCUGGGAUCAUUUAUCCCAUCAAUGAUAGCACUUGGAUAUCUCCAGUUCACUGCGUCCCAAAGAAGGGAGGAAUCACUGUCAUAAAGAAUGACAAAGAGGAGCUGAUCCCCACUAGAACAAUAAUGGGGCAUCGCAUGUGUAUAGACUAUAGGAAGUUAAAUUCUGCAUUUAGAAAGGAUCAUUUUCCUCUUCCUUUCAUUGAUCAGAUGCUUGAAAGAUUGGCAAACCAUCCCUUCUAUUGUUUUCUUGAUGGUUAUAGUGGUUUCUUCCAAAUCCCGAUCCAUCCCAACGAUCAUCAGAAGACCACUUUCACAUGCCCUUAUGAGGAGAUGGUAGAAGUCUUCAUGGACGAUUUCUCAGUCUAUGGAGCAUCCUUCUCCUCAUGUUUGUCAAACUUGUGCAGGGUCUUGCAGAGGUGUGAGGAGACAAAUCUGGUGCUCAACUGGGAGAAGUGCAACUUCAUGGUCCAAGAAGGAAUCGUUCUUAGACACAAAAUUUCUGAGAAGGGGAUCGAGCUCGAUCGAGCUAAGGUUGACGUGAUGUUGCAGCUUCCUGUGCCUAAGACUGUGAAGGACAUCAUGAGCUUUAUGGGUCAUGCAAGGUUUUCCAGAAGAUUCAUCAAGGAUUUCUCCAAGAUAGCAAGACCAUUGACAAGACUUCUAUGCAAGGAAGUGGAUUUUGAGUUUCAUGAAGAAUGCCAUAAGUCUUGGACCUUGCUGAAGGAUGCUCUGGUUUCAUCCCCGAUUGUUCAAGCUCCAAAAUGGGAUCACCAAUUCGAGAUUAUGUGUGAUGCGUCUGACUAUGCAGUAGGAGCUGUGCUUGGCCAAAAGAUAGACAAGAAGCUCAAUGUCAUCUAUUAUGCAAGCAGAACCAUGGAUGAUGCUCAAUGCAAGUAUGCAACCACAGAGAAGGAGCUCCUUGCUGUAGUCUUUGCCUUUGAGAAAUUUUGA